AACAACGUGAAGCGUGAUAAACCGGUAAGGUAAACCGAGCGGUUAUCCAAGUGAGGUUAUCUUGAUUCAGUUUACUGGAUUUUAUUGACAAAAAGACUCCGCAUCGGAGUUCUUGCCAUCAAACGUGACGAAGUAAAGUUAUCUUUACUUUCACGUAACCUUUCGGAACGGGGACAUGUAAAGGAAAGAAAAAGUGAGGUUAUCCGUGUAUUCACGACUGUGCCGAGGUAUCCGCAGAGAACGCUCUUCGUCCUUCCGCCGACGCGACACACCCUCGGCGGGCAACAAUGGAUUUCCAGAAUCGUCCGGGCGGCAAGACCGGCGGCGGCGGCGUCGCCUCCUGGUCGGAGAGCAAUCGCGAUCGCCGGGAGCGGCUCCGUCAGCUCGCCCUGGAGACCAUCGACCUGAACAAGGAUCCGUAUUUCAUGAAGAAUCACCUGGGCUCGUACGAGUGCAAGCUGUGUCUGACUCUGCACAACAACGAGGGCAGUUAUCUGGCGCAUACGCAGGGCAAGAAGCACCAGGCCAACUUGGCCAGGAGAGCGGCGAAGGAGGCCAAGGAGGCGCCGCAGACCCUCGCGCCGGAGAAGCCUCGGGUCGAGCCGAAGAAGUUCGUGAAGAUCGGUCGGCCUGGUUACCGGGUCACCAAGCAGCGCGAUCCCGAGUCCGGCCAGCAGAGCCUGCUGUUUCAGGUGGACUACCCGGAGGUGGCGGACAAUGUGAUACCGCGGCACAGGUUUAUGUCCGCCUACGAGCAAAGGGUCGAGCCACCGGAUCGCAAGUGGCAGUAUCUGCUGUUCGCGGCUGAGCCAUACGAGACUAUCGCCUUCAAAGUGCCCAGCAGAGAAGUAGAAAAGGCGGAGGGCAAGUUUUGGACUCACUGGAACAAGGACACGAAGCAGUUUUUCUUGCAGUUUGCAUUUAAGAACGAGAAGCCGUCCGUAGGCAAAGUGCCGCCACCACCAGUUCCCUUGAUAAGACCGGGAUUGGGCCCGAUGGUGCCCGUUCCACCGCCCCCGCCCAGGCCGCCAAUGUUCAAUCCGGUACCACCGCCGCCGGCUCUCUUGGCGACUGGAAUGCAAAUACCUCCACCACCACCUCAUAUUGCAUAAUCUAGAGACGAGAAAUAGUUUAGACCAUAAACCUUUUUUUAAGAUAUUAGUGUUUAGUUUUUCAUUAUUGACACGAGAUUUUAUGAUUUUAUUCUGGGUAAAAAUUCUAGAAUGUAUAUAUUUGAUGUGCAGAAAUGAAAAUUUAUAUAAUUUUUGUAAGAAUAAUUAAGAUAAUAAUUGAGUGUGAAAAUAAUGAACGAGAGAAAUGUGCUUU